AUGAGCAAACUGGACAUCAACGGCGAUGGCAUAAUCACGCUAGGAGAAUACAAGGUUGCACUUAACAUAUCAAGUCAACCAAUGGAUGCGUGGAAGGAAAUGUUUCAAUCCCUCGACAAAGAUGGAAGCGGAACAAUAAGCGUCAAUGAGUUGAAAGCCUUUCUUGCGUCGGCGGGUUCCGCAGACAUGCAAGACACUGUAGAUGCCUGGAUGGAAGACUAUGACACAAAUAAUGACGGCCAACUGAAUUAUCAAGAAUUUUUGGGCUUUAUUGCAACUCUCGAAGAAUGGCGGGAACUCUUCGACCUUAUAGACGUAGACAGAUCUGGAGAAAUCGACGCUGCGGAACUGAUGUUGUUUCUAAAGGACCACGGAUAUUCGGAGUUAGUGCCUGCAGUCAAGGCCUGGAUCAAAGAGUUUGACAGAAACGGCGAUGGGAAAUUACAAUACAGGGAGUUCCUCAGUUUCGUCGCUUCCCGAGAAUGCUAA